AUGUAUGAUUCUCAAGGCGAAGGCAAUGAAUCGGACUCAGCUACAGAAACCUUUAAUAAACAACAGUCAACUUCAGAGAAACAAAAGCUUUCAGAAACAGAUCGUAAAUCUUCACAUGUGGAUAAGCGUUCAACGAAAAAGUCUUUAGAAGAGAGUGCUAAUAAUCAUGACACUAAUGCAGACACCCAACGGAAUAUGAGUGACAACAGCAACAGCAGUAGCCGUAGUAGUGGUAGAAACAGAGAUUCGUCACCUUCAGGGCAAAGAACUGCAUCAGAUCAUGAAACGUUGGCAUCCAGUGCACCAACAGCGGAUGAUUCUACUCAGUCGAAGAAUGUUGAAUCAAGAUCUGAUCUCGCAUCAAAACUUAGCGUGAAACCAGGCGGUAAUAGCGCUUAUGCCGGUAAAAAAGGGUACAGCACAUGUUACGAUGGAUCGUCACGUGUAACUACAGAUGAAGAACUGGCUGCUGCUCGAGAACGUUAUUUAGCAAGAAAAGCUGCUGGAAUACAUGCAGAGAUUGUCGAAUCAGAUUAA